AUGCAGACUGGCUGCCGUUGGUUGCUGCCGUUGAGAGAGUCAAGUAUCUUGACGGUUGACAGCAAACUUUACGCGGACAAUAAGCGGAUCAGCGCUGGCCAUGGCGGGAACGGCUCCCGUUCAACCAACUGCAUCCAGACUGGCCUGACCGGCGAGUCCAUACUCUCCAGGGCCAACUCGUGGACGUACGAGAUGCUAAGCAUGCUCUUCGCCAUCGGCGCCGUGGGAUCCAUCACGGGCGUCCUAGCCUGCUACGACGGCAAGUCACUGCCGUCGUGGCCAUCCUCCAUCACGCUCAACGCCAUCAUUGCCAUCCUGGCCACCAUCGCUACCGCCAGCAUGAGUGUGCCCCUGUCCAGUGGCCUGGGCCAGCUCAAGUGGAUUCGCUUCAGGCAGAACCGCACACCUCUCUCAGACAUGGAGCUCUUUGAUGACGCGAGCCGUGGCGCUCUGGGCGCUCUGGUCCUGCUCCUGCGGGCCCGUGGAGGGAUCGCCGGAUCGUUUGGCUGCAUAAUUAUGGUGAUUGUGCUUCUGCUGAAUCCUUUUGCCCAGCAGAUUGCCACAUACCCCGUGCGGAUCGUGUCAACGACCCAGGGGGCUGUCAACUUUCGAGCGCUAAAGUACGGGCCGGCCCUGUCUGGCAACAGCGACGCGGCGCCGUUCGUGCCCAUCCUGCCCCUCAAGGCGGCCGUGUACAACGGCAUGUUUGCCGAGAACGGUAAACCAUGGAUGAGCCUGCCCUUUACCUGCCAGACAGGGGACUGCGACUGGGACCCCAUUGAGACGCUGGCGGUGUGCUACAAGUGCAUCGACAUGUCCGAGUACUUGUCGCGCUUCUGCUCCAACGGCACGGCACGCGGCGGCAGCACGUCUGGCUGCGGCUGGACGCUGCCGUCGGGGGCGCGGCUGAACACGAGUGCGGAAGUGUUUGGCAUGACAUCCUUGUUCCCUGGAUCCAUGGGCGGCGCGUCGUACUCGACCAUCAUGAAGCUCAUCUUCAUGGGCACCGAGGCGCAGGCGGGCAAGGCAGGUGAAAUCCAGCCGUGGGCGCGGCAGUGUACGCUGAGCGCGUGCGUGCAGACUAUACAGUCGUCGGUGCGCAACGGCAACCUCAACGAGACCAUCCUCAGCCAGACAACCAAUGACACAGUGCCCGGCGACGGCGGCGCAUCGCUCAUCAGCAACGGGCAGCCGCAGCUCAUUGUCAUCACCAGCAACACCACCGGAACGUCAUACAAUAUGACGGCGAACGCCAUGCUGGGGAUUCAGUCGUGGUUCACGACGCUGUUCCGCAACGGCACGGCCUCGCGUAGCUCGAGCGUUACCAACCGCACCAUGACCAACCUGCCGGGCAGUCCGAUCGUGGUGAACCUGACGGUGGGCAUCUCGUCGGGCGUGACGUUCUUCGACACGGACAUGGUCCAGGCCUUCUAUUGGAACUACUACGAGUACGCUAACGGGCUCGACAUGCUCAUGAGCGACCUGGCCGUGUCCAUGUCGGCCAGCUUCCGCGCCAUCUCGGGCCAGCAGGUCAACGGCACGUCGCUCACCAGCGAGAGCUACGUGCACGUGCGCUGGGGCUUCGUGGCGGUGCCGGUGCUGGCGGUACUGCUAGCCACCGUGUUCCUAUUUGUCGCCAUCCACCGCACGUGGACCUCGGGCGCGCGCGCCUGGAAGACCAGCGCCCUGGCCAUGCUGUUUCACGGCCUCGACGAGGGCGCGCGCGGGAAGUUUGACGAGCUCGACAGCCUCGCGGCCAAGAAGCGCGAGGCCAGAGGCAUCCAGGUCAAGCUCGACGCUGCCCAGGGCGGAGGCGGGACGCUCAAACUUGAUAAAGUGUACCAGUAG